AUGUGUUCCCCGGAGAAGGGGGAGGGGGUCUCCGACCUGCAGAUGAGCUUUGUCUUCGGGAACAGUUUUGUCACACCGCAGCCCCCCCACAUUCCGCCUGAGGAUGCUGAGCCACAGGAGCCCCAUGAACAUUAUUCAACAGAGACAUUGUGUCUGAGCAGAACUGAGUUGACACAUGUUGCAGAAAGUGUUUUGAAAAAUGUCGCUAUAAAGUAUUUAUAUCUUGAAGGCAACCAGAUAUCCUGUGUCCCAGAUUCAUUGUUCUUCAGCUUACCCAACCUGCUGUGGCUAGACCUCAGAAAUAACCAAAUUACAUCACUCCCUGCCGCAAUUGGCUCGCACAGGUCUUUGAAAACAUUACUUUUGGAAGGAAAUCCCAUCUCAGAACUUCCAGCAGAGUUGGGAAAUGUGAUUACCCUCAAAGGCCUGAACCUGAGGAACUGCCCCAUCAGUUUCCCUCCACAAGACAUUGUGAACCAGGGGCUCCAGAGCAUCCUCCAGUACCUCAGGAGUGCUAUGGCUAAUCGGCCAGUUAGCACAAGGAAGUCCUCCCCAGAGUUGCCAGAAGUGGAGAAGCUCCAGCUGUCAGAGCUGAUGGGGUCCAGUAUGGAGGAGCACGAUGAGUCGGUGGAUGAGGACGAGCUGCAGAGAUUCAGGGAACUCAAAGACAAGAUGAUCCUGCUGGACGAAGCUGAGCUGGGCUCAGUAGCACAGUGCAAUAGAAACAUGAAGUCACGUCUUCUUCCUAUUUCCACAAGAAAAAAGGCAACUACCAAGGGUGGCAUAAUUCCCGAGCCCUCCCCGUUUGACACGCAGCAUUGGAAGAGGCCAGAAGAAAGGAGAAAGCCUGCAAUGAAAGAACUGAAAGAGAAACAAGCUCUUGUUGAGCAGAGAAGAAAAAGCCAAAAGGCUCCUCAGAAGUGGCGUACACAAGCCAAGAUCACACAGGGGAAGAAAAUCUCUGAGCACAAGCACAAGGAGCAUGAAAUACAAAGAAAAGGAGAGGAAGCAGAAACAGACUCCAAACCUAGCAUGCAGGACAGCAGUGGUAGCCCUCGGAGUCAGAUGCCCAGCAUGUCCGUCACAGAGUGUGAGGAGGCCAGAUCAGCCCGUGCGCUGGAGCAACAGGGCACGACCACUGAACAGAUGGCAGCGGCAGAGCGAGAUGUGGAAGAGAUGAGGAAGUUACAGGCUCGGCUUCCGGAGAGGAAGAGAAAUUUGGGAAGAAAUCCUGAAAAUUGUUUUACUGUCUUCACAGGAGACACCUUUCAGAGUUUUUUGACAUCUGACAAGACAGUAUAAUGCAUGCC